AUGUUGAGAUCCACUAUAAGAUUAGGCUUGCAAACCAGCAGAGCUAUCGCCCCACUAGCCGCGCGCAGCACCUUGCCAACUGGGCCCACAGUCUCGCUUUCUGCCCGAUUCACCAGAAGCUACGCUGCUCCUAAACAAGUGACAACAGACGGCCAUGACAUCACCACAAAUAUCGACGAAAUCACCAUCAACCAGUACCACAAGCUUGCGGACGUGUACUUGGAGAGCUUUGUCGACGAAGUGGAGGCUCUCGGUGAACAAUACCCGGAGAUUGACAUUGAAUUGACCCAGGGUGUGAUGACCUUUGCAUUGCCCCCAAACGGUGUCUAUGUAAUUAACAAACAGCCUCCGAACAAGCAAAUCUGGUUGUCCAGCCCAAUCUCUGGGCCAAAGAGAUAUGACUUGGUGAAAGGCCAGUGGACUAGCUUGAGAGACAACAGCUUGUUGACCAACUUGAUGGCCGCAGAGAUUGCAUCCGCGUUGAAGAUUGAUUUCAAGUUUGAGGCCAUCUAG